AUGACUGAAGACGCAGACGCCAACACCACAGCACUCCCGCGCACAAUCAGCGGGAGUUUAGUCGACCACGUGAUGGAUCGGCACCUGAUCCCUUGGGCGCUGUAUGACUUGUCCGGAGCUCGAGCUCCGGACUCUCUCGAAACGAUGCAGGACUACUUCCAGCGUUUCCGUGGGUUGCGUGGAAAGAGUCUUGAUGGCAUCUCGUACGAGUCGCUCCAGCGGUCAUGGUGUGCGUUCAUCCGGCGGUGGAACCGGAUGCUUGAAGACGGACGAAACUUUCAGCAGUGGCUGGCCAAUCGUGAAGAUAUCCACGCCGAUCAUUCCAUCGGUGUACUGCGCGAGAAGAUCUGUGAAAACGCAUGGAACGUAGAUCGACUCUGCUACGUUCCAUGCACGAAUCUUGUUAUUCCUGUGACUCGAUGCCUCGUCCAACUCGCGAAGCUUGGCAACGACACGUCGCUGAGUAUCCACUCAGCGAGUAUGAACAGCUCUGGAUCGGACGAUACAAGAGCAGCUUGA